AUGAUCAUCAAGGAAGACAUGUGUAAGGAUGGGCUCAUUGCAGCAAGCCGCUUUUGUUCAGACUCUGAAAAUACAAGCAUGGCGACUCCGAAGAAGAAGCGAGAUGUUGAGCAAAUGGAAAUACAAUCUGACGACGACGAUGAUUGUGAUGACGAUUAUGAAGACUCGUCCAGUCAAUGUGAAGAAGACGAAGAUGUUAAUAUGUGUGGGGAAAUGCAAGUAGAUUUUGAAGCCAUGACUCCUUGUGACAGUGAUUAUGAUGGCAUUCGAACCUUGCUUAAUCAGUUGUUCCUGAAAUCAAAUAUAAAUGUUAGUCAAUUAGCAGAAACCAUUAUUUCCCAGAAUUAUGUUGGUUGCGUCAUUAAGCAAUGUGAAGUUCCUGAAGAGGAAGACAGUGAUGAAGAAGUGGAAGAAGAUCCUGUAUUUGGUGUCAUGUCUGUCAUUAACAUGUCAGAAAGAAAGGAUCUGCAAUGUGUGAAAGAAAUAAAACAGUUAAUCUUGUCAAACUGUGAGAAAUCAGCUGCAGAAAAACUGUCAGAAUUCAAGCAUCUUCUAGAUGACAGCAAUAGCAAACAGACUGGUUAUCUCCUCCAUGAGCGUUUCAUAAACAUCCCUUCCACCAUUGCUGUACCAAUGUAUGAAUCUCUCAAGAAAGACUUGGAAAGUGAAAAAGUACAGAAAAUGAAAUAUAAAUUUGAUCAAUACAUUUUCAUUUGUAAAACAUGUCGGCCACAACAGGAAGGGUCUAAAAAUUCUACAAUUGACAUGAAGGAUGUGAUAUUUCUAAAUACAGAAGAGGAAUUUUUGAUGGAGUUUUCCAAAAGUCACUUCACAUAUUCUGUUGCUGCUCAGCGCGAUUCAGUUGUGGAUGGACAGUGGGAAGAUGAAUUGGAAUCCUUGCGGACUGUGAUUGUCAUUGACAGCAAUAAAAUUGACAAUGCUGUGGCAGCAAUGAAAUCGGCCAUUGGAAAGAUUCCUUACAUUAUUCUUCGGCAUUUCCUUACAUUAUUCUUCGGCAGUUCCUUGCAUCAUUCUUCGGCAGUUCCUUUCAUUAUUCUUCGGCAGUUCCUUGCAUCAUUCUUCGGCAGUUCCUUUCAUUAUUCUUCGGCAGUUCCUUGCAUUAUUCUUCGGCAUUUCCUUGCAUUAUUCUUCGGCAGUUCCUUGCAUUAUUCUUCGGCAUUUCCUUGCAUCAUUCUUCGGCAUUUCCUUGCAUUAUUCUUCGGCAGUUCCUUGCAUCAUUCUUCGGCAUUUCCUUGCAUUAUUCUUCGGCAUUUCCUUGCAUCAUUCUUCGGCAGUUCCUUGCAUUAUUCUUCGGCAUUUCCUUGCAUCAUUCUUCGGCAUUUCCUUGCAUUAUUCUUCGGCAGUUCCUUGCAUCAUUCUUCGGCAGUUCCUUGCAUUAUUCAUCAGGCAGUUAGUAAAUUGAACUGA